ACUAUUAAAUUCCUAAAACACCCCUAUAACAUAUUGGUUUCUUCAAAAAUGGAAUCAUUGAGUAACAAGAAGCGAGUCCGUUCUGACUCGGACGAGUCCGAGUUUAACUCGCCUGAGGCAAAGAGAAUCCGAGAUGACCUUCUCGAUACUCUAGACGACUCGGAUGUGUGUACGGUCGGUCAAGACCUUGACUCGUUCAUAAAGAGUUUUCAAGACGAAAUAUCUCCUCCGCCGGAGACAGUCGACCUGGCCUCCGAGUCCGGUGAGUCGCGACCGGAUCUCGAGUUUCUAUUCGAGGCGUCGGAUGACGAACUCGGACUGCCUCCUACGGGGACAACACCAAAUGAUUCGGAAAGGAUACCAGUCUCGACCGAGUCGGUUGAAGUCGGUGAGUUUUGUUGGUUAGACGAUCAGAUUCCGAACUAUGACUCGUUCGAAUACGGAUUUGAUUACGCGGCCGAGGAUGUUAAUUUUAACAACAACCACAACGGUGAAUACGUGGCGUUAGACGGAUUGUUUGAUUAUACAGAUCUAGGUUUCGGAUCGUCCGAUCUGUCUAGGCGGCCGGAAUCAUUGCCAGCGCAGUGACAUGAGUUGAUAAUUAUGGCUAAUCCGUUAAUUAGAGAGAUAUAUAUUGUGAAGUUCUUUGAUUUUUUGAUGUUACAGAAAUGGACAUGGAGAAUAUGUAGACAUAGUUUUAGUAAUGAUCAAAGAUAGAACAUCAUACCUCAGAAACUCUUGAUGAUUCACCUUCCUCCUACGAAUGGUUUCCAAAAUUUACAGAACUACCAUGGAAAAUCAUAAGUUGUUGCCUGCCUGUAAAUUUUAGCUUAAAAGAAUUGCGCCUUACGAGAUUUUUCAAA